GUAGAUCCAACAGGACGACAGGAGCACUUCCCGUCGCUGCUCGUGUUGACAUGCACCAUGUUAGUGCUCUUAUCUUUGCCAUGCAGUGAUUCAGCAUUAAACCAGUGCGAUGUGUCACAUGUGAAUGUCCAACAGCCCGCUGUGUGGGGCAGGUGAGAUGGAGAACUACAGAAAGACAGAUGUGGUCGAGCAGUCGAGUGUCUGCCCGUUUACUGACCUUCUCCAUGAUGGGGUUCCUGUGGUCCGGGUUCGAGACGGCAGCAAAAUCCGCAACCUGAUGAGGUUCUCUCAGAGCCGGAUGGAGGGCAGAGCAGAGCAAGUGCUAGAGAGUGGCGGCGGUCGCGAGGAAGCGGAAACAAGUGGCGAAUCCCAGCUGUGCCGCCAGAUAGUGUUUACGGGCGGUGGCCCGAGCGUCUCUAAAGCUAUCACGUGUGUGGAGAUCCUGAAGCGCCGCUUAGGGGGGCUGCAUCAGGUCACGCGGCUGGUCUACAGCUCGCUGCAGGAGAUGUGGGAGCCUCUGGAGCCGAGCGCAGGACUCGACAGCAUCACUGUGACCCGGAAUGUCCCCGCCAUCUGGAUCCUGCUCUCUAGAGACCCACUGGACUCGAAAUUGGCAGGAUAUCAGGCACCCGGGACCUUCGACGCGCUGUGGGCGCAGGUCACUGCUAAAGAGGAGCGAGAGAAUCAGAGGAGAAAGAGUGGAGGAAGAGGAGGCGGAAGUGGAAGAGGAAAAGGACAAGGACCACGCAGACAGAUGACACGCCCCAGAGACGUACGGAAAUCUUCAGCACAUGCAUCAGGAGCACACUGAGGCAAUUACCGGGUUUUACCCAAGUUAACCAGCCAAUCAAAAACAAGAAUAUAUAAGACAUCACAAUAAUAGUUCAUUAUCACGUUGGUUGGUGAAUUUGGUGAGCUGCGAAACAUCAGAUAGAUCGUGCUGCAGAAAUAACGUCUGUAAACUCUUACGCUGCGUCGAAUUAUCACGAACCUCACACUCUCUAAAGAAAUGAUCCAACGAGUGGUGAUGUCAUUAUCAGCAUAUUCAUAUCUCACUAGAGAGUGUUUAAGAAAGAUUCUUAAAUAUUUUUUUGUGUUUUCAUUUUUUUUUCUUUUUUAGGGAAGAAAUGAAAAAGCUCACAGGAAAACUGGUCAUUUCAUUUAAUCUCUUUCUGAAUGUGUAUUUAAAGUGUGAAGAUUUACCGGGUUUUCAUCAGAUUAAAGCUCAGUUUCUUCUUUAAUGUCAUCAUUAUUUAGGCAUAAAUAAAUGUACAUCCCUGAAAACAUGACCUUGUUUUACAAACACUCAUUCUUUUCUGAAAUAAAACAGAUUGUUGCAGAAA